AUGGUUUACUUACAAGGCUUACUUCCGCUUGUUUUUUUAUGUGACACAGUUUUUUCUAAACAAGAAUUUACUACGGUCUAUGAAUGGAAACACUUGGAAUUUGACUAUUCAUCAGUAUAUGAGCGGGAACGGGAAAUUCAAAGUGGGAAUUUUGCACCUGCUAAAUUGGUUCCCAUUGACGUAGAUGUCUAUUAUGCACGUCAUUUUCGUGACAACAAAAUUUUUAUAACAAUUCCCAGAAAUAAGCCAGGAACGCCCGCUUCUCUUGGUACUAUCUCUGGAAAAAAGAUUAACGAAAACCCUGUAAUUUCACCUUAUCCAAACUGGGACUGGCAUAUAAAUCCAGAAAGUUGUAAAGAAUUCAGGAUUGUAUCAGUAUUUAGGGUGAUGACUUUAAAUGGAGAACGAAGAACUCAGUCAUUCGCAGAGGCUAUAGACUCAAAUAGUAUAAUGUAUUAUGGAUUAGUGGAAGAUAUUAAAAUAGCCUGUUUCAAUACCAAAUCGGGAUACUAUGGUGGUUGGACUGCAGAUAUUGUAGCAGAUAAUCCUAUAUCGCAGAACAAACGACAAGAAGAUGAAUUAUGGAUACUUACUUCUCGUUUUCAAAAACUCCUUACAGGAUCUUUAAAAAUAGACGAAGUUAACUUCAGAAUAUUGGCUGUAAAAAUUAAAAACUUAUUACCUGGGACACGCUGCCAACCGACAAACACACGUAAUGAAGAUGAUGGAUACAAUUUAUUUAUAAAAAUUUAUAAUUCGAAUAGAAAUACUUGA